AUGAUGGUGAUGCCGGGUGGAAUUGACCCUCACACGCACAUGCAGUUUCCCUUUAUGGGACAAGUAGCCGUAGACGAUUUCUUUUCUGGCACAAAAGCAGCUUUAGCCGGUGGAACAACAAUGAUAAUUGAUUUUGUGGUACCGACGAAGGACACAACCCCAAUCGCAGCAUACCGCCAGUGGAGGGAGUGGGCUGAUCCUAAGGUAUGCUGCGAUUAUGGGUUAUCCAUGGCGAUCACAAGCUGGGGUCCCAAUAUCGCAGAGGAAAUGGAACAGCUAACGAAGCCAGAGUAUGGCAUAAACUCGUUCAAAUUCUUCUUGGCCUAUAUGGGAACAUAUAUGGUUCGUGAUGAAGAAUUCUACCAAGCGAUGUUAAAGUGUUCCCGAAUUGGAGCGUUAGCUCGUGUUCAUGCUGAAAAUGGCUCUGUCAUUUCUGAGAGGGCAAAAAUUCUGCUUCAAAAGGGUGUCACUGGUCCAGAAGGUCAUCGCCAGAGUCGGCCGGAGGAGCUAGAAGCCGAGGCAACCAAUCGGGCUUGUACUCUUGCAUCACAGGCCAAUUGUCCGCUCUACGUUGUUCAUGUGAUGUCGAAAGGAGCCGCGAAAGCCAUCGCACAACAUCGUCAAAAAGGGCAUGUGAUCUUCGGUGAGCCAGUAGCUGCUGGCUUAGCUCUUGAUGGCUCUCACUACUUCGACAAGGAUUGGUUACAUGCCGCUAGGUACGUAAUGUCUCCACCGCUUAGCGUCGAUAAGUCAACACCGGAAGCCCUUAUGGACAUGCUAGCCGCUGAUCAACUACACCUGACAGGAACCGACAACUGCACAUUCAACGGAGACCAGAAAAUGGCCGGUCGUCAUGAUUUCACUAAAAUUCCGAAUGGAGUGAACGGUGUCGAAGAUCGUAUGAGCAUCGUAUGGGAUCGUGGCGUUCAUUCUGGAAAAAUCAAUCCAAUGCGGUUUGUGCAAAUUACA